AUGGGAAACCCCGCUGACCCCGACAUAGACCGUUAUCGUAGUCAGGCAAUCCGAACUGCCAGCCAACGCAGCUUGCCUACUGUCGAGUCCACCGGAGGCAUCCUCCCAACCCACCACACCAACACCACCCCAGCCAAGCUUCCCAAGCUCUCCGAAGCUGGCGGGCUAAGCAGCACCCAUGGACGUGGCGGCUCACCACCGUUGCGCUCCAGUCAUGACCGAGCCACAGAUGAAGGCACAUACGGAGGAGGAGAUGGAGCCAGCGACCACCGCCGUGACCCUGAGAAGUCCAACCACAACGACACUGCCGAUGCUAUAUCUCAGUCCGUGCCUCCACCAGCGCCCCCUCCGAAUACCGAAGAUGCGCGCUCUGGAGAUUCCGCCAUAAAGUCCACCGAGCAAGAUCAGAAGAAACCACCUAUCAUUACGCGUAUGAAGAACGGUUGUAAGCGCUUUGGCAAGCACUUUAAGAAUGCCAUCUUCCACAGUUGGGUCAACGUUCUCCUUGUUGCUGUCCCUGCCGGUAUCGCCGCCGAGGCUGCAGGGUUGAGUCCUGCAGCCAUCUUCGCCAUUAACGCCGUGGCUAUCGUGCCUCUCGCCGGCAUGCUCAGUCACGCUACUGAGAGCGUAGCCAGUCGUUUGGGAGAUACCCUCGGAGCGCUACUCAACGUGUCGUUCGGAAACGCGGUCGAACUCAUCAUCUUCAUCAUCGCAUUGGUCAAGAAUGAGAUUCGUAUUGUUCAGGCUUCUCUGCUUGGCUCCAUCCUCGCGAACUUGCUGCUCAUUCUGGGCAUGGCCUUCCUUUUCGGUGGCCUACGCUUCAGGGAACAGGUCUACAACAGCACUGUUACACAAAUGAGCGCCUGUUUGCUGAGUCUGAGCGUCAUGAGUCUGCUACUACCAACUGCUUUCCACGCUUCGUUCAAUGAGCAGAGCGCAAAUAGUGCCGAUUCUGCCGUCCUCAAAGUCAGCCGUGGCACCAGUGUCGUCCUCCUGAUCGUUUACGGACUAUACCUACUGUUCCAGCUCAAAUCGCAUGCCUACAUGUACGAGAGUACGCCCCAGGAGAUCAUCGACGAAGAGUCUCAUCCUGGUGUUCUGGCCGACAUCAUGAACUCGUCUUCGUCCUCUUCGGAUGAUUCAAGUUCUUCCGACAGUAGCGAUUCCGACACAUCCAACUCUGGUUCGGUUGCUACAACUACGAGAAAGGUCAAGAAGAUGUUCAAGCAUCGUAUGCGUCGCAAGUCCAGCGCCAGCACUGGAAGCAGCAAGCCAACAUCGAAGGUUCCAUCUGUACUCAGCUCUCCAUCUACUCAGGAACGUCAAGAUCCUCUGGAACAUCACAUUGGAAGCAAUACAGUCUCACGCCGCGAGUCUGUCCUAGCGCCAGCUGACAAUUUGGACGCGGAUGCCGACCAUGAAGACAACGGCACCAGCCGUCGCUACGAUUGGGCCACCGGACGUCAGAUGAGCCACGACGGAUCCAAAUCUCCUGAACGCAAGAAACAUCACAAGAAGCACUCAAAGAAGGAGAAGAAGCGUCGUCAGCGUGAAGCUGCGAAGAAUACCGAAAAGGAGCAAGACAUUGAAGAAAGAAAGCCCACGACUCACACUGAUGGUCCCAAGGUGGAGUUUGCAGACGACGUUCUAGUUGUUGCAGAUCACCCUGCUGCCAACCAGACGCCCAAGCUUGCGUUUAACAUGCGCCAGCUUUCUUCUCGCGUUCGGCCAGCUCUGCCAUCUGUUCUCUCGAACAACGUCUUCGUCCAACCGGCCACUCCCAACCCUGCACCUCGACCUACGCCUGUCCGAUCUCAGUCAGCUCACAAUCUUAGGCGUACCAGCUCGCUGCCAGAUCGUCUCAACCGGCAGACCACGCCUUCAAAUGCUAAUGGACCACUGCCUCCUUAUCAACACCAACGCACGUCCAUCCGCAAGAGCAACUCAGAGACGACGGCCAUCACCGAAGAUGACGAGGACCCCAAGCAAGAAGAGAACAUGUCCCGCACCGCAGCCGUCAUGCUUCUGCUCAUCUCCACCGCUCUGGUCGCCGUCUGCGCGGAAUUCAUGGUCGACGCCAUCCCCGAAAUGAUCGAAAACUCGCCCUCCGUCAGCGAAGCCUUCAUCGGACUCAUCAUCCUGCCAAUCGUCGGCAACGCCGCCGAGCACGUCACAGCCGUGACCGUCGCCGCCAAGAACAAGAUGGACCUCGCCAUCGGCGUGGCCGUCGGCUCCAGCAUCCAGAUCGCACUCUUCGUCACGCCCAUCGUCGUCCUCCUCGGCUGGAUCCUCAAGACGGAGAUGAGUCUUUACUUCAACCUGUUUGAAACCGUCAGCCUAUUCGCCACGGCUUUCGUCGUGAACUUCCUGGUCCUGGAUGGCCGAUCGAACUAUCUGGAAGGCAGCCUUUUGAUCGCUUCGUACGUGAUCAUCGCCAUCAUCGCGUUCUUCUACCCGGAGACGCAGAACCAGAGCUCGGUUGGCGGGGCUAUCGGGGGUACAUCGUAA